AUGGAGCUCACCAUGGAGAACCUUCACAGCGUCUCCUCGCACUCCCAGGCGGAAGACCUCAUGAGCUCCCCGCACGCGCGGCCGUCGCCGUCCCCCAGCUCCGCUCCCCGGAAUCUGGUCUCACACGCUCCCGGCGCGCGGUCAGGCAUGGUGUCCGGCAUGGCCUCGCUCCUGGAGAGCUCCGGUGGGGACUACCGGACAGACCCGUCGUUGGCCGGACACCUGCACCCGUCCAUCAGCAUGUGCGACACCGGGAUGAGCCUUAGUAACACGUACACCACCCUGACCCCUCUGCAGCAUCUACCUCCGAUAUCCACCGUCUCGGAUAAGUUUCACCACCCGCACUCACACCACCACGCUGCCGCCCAUCAGCGACUCUCCGCCGGGAACGUCAGCGGCAGCUUCACGCUGAUGCGGGACGAUCACCGGGGGCUCGCCUCCAUGAGCAAUCUGUACAGUCACUACCCCAAAGAGAUGUCCGUGUCCGGCAUGGGUCACGGCUCGCUCUCCCCUCUGUCCAGCGGGCUGGGUUCUUUGCACAACUCCCAGCAGCCGCUGUCAGCCUACGGUCCGAACGCGCACCUCUCCACCGACGCCAAGAUGCUCUCUCCGGUGUCAGGCUUUGAGUCCCACGCCUCCAUGCUGUCCCGAAGUGACCAAGAGCACCUAGCCAGGAGUUUAGGAGGCCACGGCCACGGCAUGAUCUCAAACCUCAACGGCAUGCACCACCACCCGCACAGUCACCUGCACUCCCAGGCGAACGGCGCGGUCAUGCUGGGGGACCGGGAGCGGCACGGCCAUGGAGCCGGGCAGGGAGUAGCAGGGUCGGGGAUGCAGGCGGAGGAAAUCAACACAAAAGAAGUGGCUCAGCGGAUAACGGCAGAGCUAAAGCGGUACUCCAUCCCGCAGGCCAUAUUCGCCCAGAGGAUCUUGAGCCGGUCGCAGGGAACCCUCUCAGACCUGCUACGGAACCCCAAACCCUGGAGUAAGCUCAAGUCAGGCCGAGAGACCUUCAGGAGGAUGUGGAAGUGGCUGCAGGAACCAGAGUUUCAGCGGAUGUCUGCUCUCCGGCUGGCCGCAUGUAAACGUAAGGAGGAGGACCGAGGACGAGAGCGCAACCAGGUGCCAAAGAAGCAGCGACUGGUCUUCACCGACCUGCAGCGUCGCACCUUGGUAGCCAUCUUCAGAGAGAACCGCCGCCCCUCUAAGGAGAUGCAGAUCACCAUCUCCCAGCAGCUGGGCCUGGAGCUCUCCACUGUUUCCAACUUCUUCAUGAACUCACGCCGCCGCUGUACGGACCGCUGGGACACAGAGGAGCUCAGUCACGGGGUGCACGGGGGCCACGGUCAUGCACACACUCCUCACGGGAACAGCAACAACAACUCUUCACCGAUCCAACCCGGUACCUCCUCGGCAGCCACUUUCUCGAAGGCUUGAUGGUGGCAGGAUGGAUGGUUGAACGGAUGCAUGGAGGAUGGAGGGGGGGAUCCUGCAGCUACAGGGUGUGUAGCUUCAGACCACUCAUCUGUUUCAUCUGCUCAGAGUGCUGACGACUUGUGCAGAUGAACCAGAUCCUCUCGAUGCUCCAUGUGUUUUCUUUUAAUCUGAAUGUUACUCAUAGGGGCUAAUGUGCAUUUCAAAUUGUGGCUCUUCAAAACCAAAGAUCCAGUAGCUUUAAGAGUUGCCCUCAAACAACCACACGUGGCUCUUAGUAAAUCCACCUGAAAACCAAAGAAAAUCCAUCCACACUAAACCACUCUGUUGGUCUGUGUUGAAGCCUUGAAAAGGGAGGGAUUGUCUUUAGGAACCUCUGCUGGUUGUCAGGAUGUAAACACACCAAAGAAUCACCCGUGACAGGGAACAGAUAGCUUUAAGACAGGAAACCUUGAGCAGCCACACGCUGGUCUUCAAAAAUCAGCCAGAAAUCAGACAGUGGAUGUGUCUGCUUGGCCGUGAUCAACCGCUUCUCAUUUCAGUAACAGAUACUGAGGCUGAUUGAGAGGUGCGUUUGCGUGUCAAGUGUCUGUGAAGCGCUCUCUGCAGGUCCUUUGACCCGCUAACCACAUACCACCUCGCUGCAUCACUGCAGCCAUGCGUGUGCAUGUGCGUAAUGUUCACAUGCUCCUUGAGUGUAAUUCCUCUGCAGUGAUUCGGCCUGCUCCACAUCAGAGUAACAGUGCCACCUGCUGUCCAUUUAACCACAUCUUAUCAUGUUCUGAGCAUGUAGCCACAUGUCUCCAGUAGGCCUACAGCUACACACUGUAGACUUCUAAUACCAAUACUCCAUAUAAGCAGAAGUAUAGCCCUGCAAACACCAAAUAGACUGAGACGAACACGACAACUCACACACCCUUUGAUACACAUUUGAAUGUUGUCUCGUUGCAUGGCGACAUGGCCAUAGACCGCGUAGCCGCUUGAGAGGUUAUUUUCAGGUUACAAAAGGAGAACAAUCAAACAGGGAUGACACUCCCCGCGUUUUAAAAAAAGUGUCGUGCCCGA